ACUCUUGCAAAAUGUACGAAUCGGUAGUGAGGUUGGCUAUAAAUCAUCUCCACAUCCGGCUUAAGUGGUAUUAAGGAGCCGUAUCCCGCAUUUCUUUCCGCCGUAAGUUAUAUUUGGUAAUUUUUCCAUUCUUUUAUGCUCAGGUUGAGGUAUUUAUUAACAAUAAUACGCCUGUAUAUUUCGGAGAAUCAUAUCCUGACAUCGCUUCGAUGGUUUAAAAGAGGUGAUUGUAUCAGUGAGUGCAUGGUACGGGUAAAAUACGGGUGUUGAUUAGCGAAACUCCAUUGAUAACAACAAGUCUUUGCGGUGAGUAUAUUAUCUCCGACGUGACAGAAGGCAUUUAGCCCCGAACACCUUGCCCAAGACGUUUCAUCUCUGGCUGCAUGUGAACCCUGAAGCGUCGCAUCCAUCCCCGGCUCAGACGAUGGUCUCCAUGGAAACGAGAAGUCUUACAAAAUCCACGUGUGGGCGCCAUGAGCAAUGACCUCAUCUUCGCGCUUUGUGGAUGGUGAAAACUCCGAAUGAAUCUCCUUUCAGACUGUAUUCACUCUUCAUAGGAUUGACUGCUGUGAUCCCGAAUAAUUAGCCUUUGAAUAUUCCGUAUUCAACCUCCAUCGGCUUUCCCGCCAUUCUUCUGAAUAACAUCAAAUUUAAUCCAACGAACUGUCGGAUCCAACUCCAAUUUAAUGAGUAUGUGUCGGAGAGGCAUUCACUGAUGAAAGAGUAUAUCAGAGUGGUGAUAUCGUUGGCUCUAUCGCAUAGCUUAAUUUCAGGUUAAUUAGACGUCGCUGUUUACCACACAGGAGCUGCAAUUAAAGUCGUCUAGCGUCCAGUGCCACACAUUUGGGGAUCAAGGAAAGUUGAAGUGAGUGUGCAUUACUCAACACGCUUACCAACAGGUCUUACAUAAAUCACACAGGCCUAAUACUAUAUAAAGGAAAAAAGAUCAAGUAGUUCAACAUAGUACAUCCAUCGUAAUGGAGAUCAAAGAAACAUAAUUCCGUCAACGAAACGGAAACAACAGGGCACCGCGAUCACGAUCUGUACUGCAACAAGUCAUCAUUACAGGUGAACACGCCAUUGAUUGUGGACGGGAGAAAAAGCGCGCGAAGGAGAAAUGUAGGAACAGACGACAUCGUCGCAGUGUGUGAUUUUCUUCUGAUGUCGACGGAGCGAUAAAAACUCGUCACCAUGUUGAACAUGGGAGCUGUGAAGGGGUUCGACGUCUUCCUCGACGACCCCUUGGAAGUCUACCAUUCUGGGGAAACCCUUCGAGGUCACGUGAUGCUCACUUUAACCAAGGACCUUGCCAUGAAAGGUAUCCGGGUUGCCGUGAAGGGUGAGAUCCGCACCCAGUGGAGGGAGAGACACGCCUCCGCUGCCAGCGGGAAGCGGAGCUCAACCUACCGGGGAGGGGAACAACUAUUCCUGGAGCGGAAGACUGUCUGGGGAAACGAACCAGAGGACAAAUCAGAGAUCCCGCUCCUUACGGCGGGGAGUUAUUCCUUUCCCUUUCAAUUCAAACUGCCGACCAAACCAGGUCUACCGUGCUCAUUUGAAGGCGGGAACCUCGCCUACUCCAGGUAUCUGGUCCACGCCAACAUGGAUAUAUCCUGGGCAGUUGAUCCGGUGGCGGAGCGAUAUUUCUCCUUCAUUGGCUCAGAGAUCGAUUGCAACUUGCCCAAAUACCAGAAAACUGUGCACGCGUCGGAUCGGAAAACACUGCUUCAUUGCUGCUGUCGCUCUAGCGGACCAAUAGCAUUGAAGGCGGAGAUGCAGAGGAAUGCCUACUGUGCCGGGGAAUAUGUAAAUAUCAAGACGAGACUGGAGAACAAUUCAGACAAGGUCAUGCGACUUGGAGUCAAAUUCUUACAGAACGUCACUUUCUUAGCAGAAAUUCCAAAGCGUAUGAACAAGGCUGGGUCGUACGAGAUACUGAGCUACAGCAGCCCUUGCGUGCAGCCUGACCAGGAAUACUGUCUUCGCACUGCAAGGAUGUUACAGAUCCCUAUAGUACCUUCAUCCAUUGAAUCCAGACAUAUCAUUGUACAAUACAGUAUAGAAAUUGCUCUUAUAGUGGAUGAGAAGCCUGAACUUAACAUCUCCUUUCCAGUAACCAUCGGCAACGUACCUUUCAAAGAUUCAAGGGGGAAAUCCCGUGAUCUCAGCUAUGGGCACGGAUGCAGUCAAUCCUGCGGCGCCAAUUCUGGAGUGGUCCACUACCGUGACAAGGAAAGGGUUGUACAGCUCAAACACUUCACACCUCUCUACCUCACUGUCUCGGCGGUUCGCGACUCUACAGCUUCCUUGCUCGACGCCCGCCCCAUCCUGCAUUCGCACAACGGCACUCCACGUAACGGCGCUGUAUCGAGCAAUGGCAACGGCACCCUCUCCAAUGGCUCAACGCGAAAAGAACAUCCUCUAGUGGCGCAAAUGUCCAGUACUGACUUAUCAAACAACGGAUAUUCAUUUGACAGAACUGAAAGUAACGACGAUUUUGAUGCGUCCGUUCUUGCGAGUAAGUCCAGCGGAAGUGUCACCAAGUACAGUAUGCGCACAACAAGAGGUCCAGGAGUUCUGAGCAGAAAGCCGUCAAAGGAAGAGGGAUAUGAUGAUCCCGGACAAUUUGGAAUGCCCCAUAUGAACCAGAAUGAAAACAUGUUCGCCAUCUCUGGGCAUGCUGUGCAAAUCCACUCCAUAGGUCAAAUGGACACAGCGCAGGUUGAUACUGCAAAUGGACAUUUUCAAUUUGAGAUCGGGGAUGACGGACAAGUUUAUGAGUGUCAUUACGUCUGACAAAUGAGAGACUUUGUUUUAUAUAUUAUACUUUAUUCUUAUCAUGUACACUAAUGGCAUUUCAUGUAAUCAUGGAUUAUCAUUGUCAUAAAUUAACAUAAAAGUGUUGGUUAUAGUUUAUGCUAUAUGAUAUUUUAAAGUUAUGACAUUGUACUCAUGUAGCAUAAUCUUAAAUCUGCCUCUGGCUCUGUGUCUUCACUCUUUAAGCCAAUCAACUACAUGUUUGUUGUUAACCUACUAGUCAAGUGGAUGAUUUGUUUAUUGAUCCAAAGGAAGUAAGAACAAAUGAAGAGUGUAAUUUGGCUUGAUCAUGAUAGCAAUUCUUCAUCAUGGAGAAUGGGCGAUACAGGUAAUGUAUCAGCUGUUUCUCUUGUCAAACGGAGUAAGUGACUGUUAAUAUUAUUGUAUGUAUCCUGAAUAUAUGAGGUCACGAAUGAAGUCGCCGAGCAUGCAGAUGCUUCUGCGGUGAUCGCCAUACUGCAGGAAUUUAUUUAUUAGGGUAUAGAAGAUUUCAAAGAUUCCUUGAUGACAUAGAAACUGAACUGACGGGUCAUCUCUUCUAUUCUUACCACUUUUAGCGAUCACUAAACUGCAGAAAUUAUAGUGAAUCCCAACUUAUGGAGGAUUUCUUCUAUGCUUAUCACCUGCAGAGCUUGCCAAACUGCGGGAACUAAACGGUUGGAAAGACUACAGAAAUGCCUUGAAGAUUGAGAACUGCAAAACGGAAGGAGAAGUAUUUCCAAUCUUAUCUCGUGUAGCUAUUGCCAAACUGCAGGAAUAUUUUUUCUUAAAUCGUAAGAUAAAUUGCCUUGAAGAUAGGGAAAUGCAACUGAUAGAGAAGUUCUUCUAUUCUUAUCACCUGAUGCAAUCGCCGAAUGGCAGGAAAUUUCUCUAAAAGUGUUGAAUAGAAUGUCUACAUGAUUGCCUUGAAGCAAAGAAGGGAUGGAUUCGUGCCUUGACAGACAGAUGCUCAGAGGUAGGAUUUAUACACAUAUAAUAGUGCCUUUGAGAAGCUUGUAUAAUCCAGUGCAAUAUCUAAACAAGAAUUUCCUAUAUAGAUAUGUAAUGAUGUUUGUCAUGUGAACUUCAGAAUGAACAGUACAAAUUUAUUUUCAUUACCAUCGGCUUACAUUCACUGCCCUGUGUAAUAAAGUCUCUACUAUAUCAAUUCCAUCUUCUUACAACGUUACAUAUUUAUAAAGAUGAAAAGAUCGUCUUAAGAAAAAUCAACAAUAUACAUAUUUAUUUCAUGAUAUUUGCAAUAACGAUAUAAAUGUAUCAGUUGUGCAUCACUCGCCUUUCCAGCUGUAUUGUCAUCCUGUGAUGGCUACUCUUCGAUUAAUGGAGAGAAUGGCCAAAUAGUAUUUAUGUUCGUAUCAGAUGUAGGCUAUGAUGGGAGUAAGUUUCUGGUCGGCAGUACUAUUACAAUGAUUAUUCCAAUUUACUGCCGUUUCAGAUUUAUCAGAUGUGCAAGCAAACAGAGGGGUCUUGAAUAAACUGGGGUAUUUCACAAAAAUGCAGGUCUGACUCUGACUACAGAUUGCACCAUAAAGUUCUAUAGUGCAAGUGAUACAUCUAGUAAUGCAUCAAUGCAAUGGUCUGAUAUUGCACAUGGGACAUGAUCUACCAAAACUAGUAUCACUCUGUUGGAUACAAUGUGCUCAUUGGCACUCAAGCACUAUGCAAGUCAGACUAAACUCUUUGUAGAACAUCCCCAGGAGAGAACAUCCCUGACUACCGGUCAGAGGUCACAUGCAAAUCACCUGCCUAAUAAAUUACUCCUUCUGCACAUACAGGAAUGAUACUCCAUACCAUCCUUCAGGUUUUCAUUAUCUAGCAUACAGACAAAAUGGCACUGACUCUGUGAACAAAACAGGACAGUAACCAGAUUGAAUCUAGAAAUGUAUCCCUGAUAUUUUUGUGUUAUCCGCUGCAUACAUGCUCAAUUUUGGUGUUCGAUGUUCUCUGUGGAGCAUUUCAUGAAACAAAUAGUCAUUGGUUCUCAAUGUUCUAAAAAUCCUUGCAUCUGAUUGGCUGAGAGGAAAUUAGUCAGUGAAAUUAACUGACUAAACUUUUCAUGAAAUGCUCCCCAGGUCUGCAGUCAGGUACGUAAAACUGUUUGAGCCGUUUUAUUCCAUUUAGUCCCAAUUGUUUAAAGUGAAAUGGAACACUUGAAUGACAAUCAUCAAUGGCAUUGUGAAAUACCUUGAACUUAUUUGUUGUGCUCGAUAUGCUCAUUCAGUAACAGAAUAUUUGUAUGCUCAGUGUCGUGUUGGCACCAGACUUGUGAAAUACUUUGAAUAAUAAAUAUUCCUUAUUUUGGUAUUCUAUUUUAUUCAGAGACCCCACCCCCCUGUCAUUACCUGGUCUGAAACAGCCAAAUUAAAACAGGGCUAGCGUGAAGACUAGACUACAAACUCUCUAUCUCUCUUUGGUAGGGGCAGCCACAAUACAUGCAUGAAUCUAGUCUCACUACUUCAGACUCUGCAUUAUGCACCAAGAUAUUUGAGAAAACCAAACGUGUGUGCCUGCAGACUACUCACAUGAUGCAAACUACUGUGUAUAAUUUGUCAAUGAGAUUAAAUGUUUGUGAACCCGACUUCCAGACUGAUGUUAAUCAAUACACCGGUGAUUCAAAUAAUCUAUUCAUUCUUAAAGGGAUGAUUUACUCACUUUCUCAAUAUUACAAAUCAUAGACCACAAUCUAAAAAAAUAUAUGUUUACAGGGGGUGACUACAACUUUAAUAUCAACCAUAUCAACUUGGAACACAAUAAUGCUUCAUAUAUCCCGCCAAAUACUCCACAAGAUACAGUGGUAGUAUCGACCACGAAAUUGAUGUCUCAUACAAUUUUAACAAAAUGGGCACUUCCAUGAAAUAAUCAACCUUUGUGCGUCUGACCCCCAUUUUUCUUCAGUUUUACUUCACUUCAUAAACUGAACAAGUCAUGGUCAUUUGAGAGCAUUGCAGACUGUCAAAAGAACAAUAAAUCAGAGACAGAAAUUUUCAUGAAGGUUCCACAUAUGGGGGGUCAGACGUAUUAUGGAAUUGCCCAAAUGUCUACCAAAUGUUUGUAUGUAUCAAUAGAAUAUUGUGCUCAGUGAUUCUAGUUGAAAAUGAGUAAUUAUUCAGAAAUUUAAAAAAAAUGAGCAUGAUCAGGAGAUGAUCAUGACAAUUUUGAGGUAAAUAUUCCAGAGUGGUGACAAUAAAAUUAAUUACUCAAUAUCCCAAAUCAUAAUCAAGUCAAUGUAUGCCUAUCUUUGUUGGCAAUUUUCAGCAAAAUCUGUUUUCAAUCCUUUUCAUUAUUUCACAAUGUUUUGCUUGCUUGUAAAAUGACAAAAGAUCCUUUUUUUAAUCACAAAUAUAACUUUGUGAAGGCACAUUAUUUUAAGAUUGUUUUUUAUCAUACUGUACUUGGGCCUUAUACAUAACAGUAAGAUUACCAUUAAAUCAUGUAACUUUUAAUGUUUUUUAAUCAUUAAAUAGAAUGUUUUUGUAUAUUGUCUAUUUUAACAUAAUAUUCAACACCUAUACCAUGCACAUGUAUAAGCACAUAUUGAUAACAUUCAUAUAAAUAAAAUGUAGUUAUAUUUAACUCCAUUUGGGAGUGAGUAAUCU